AUUCUUUUCAUGUUUCUCGAGUCACCUCGUUAACCUAUCUCAGUGAGGCUUUUGUAUCCAAGGCUGGUGGUGUUGUAAAUGCUUCGGACGUCAUAUCCCCGUGAUGAUCUUCAGCGCCCUUGACCAGAAUGUUCGUAGCUCAAAAGAUGUGUCUUCUUGAAUGACCAUUUGCGCAUAUCCGCCAGGAUUGACAGAAGCUUUCACCUUUUAUUUUCUUUGUGGCGACCCCUAAUGCCGUGUCCCCAUCCUGUUCUAAAUCCGUGCCCCCUUUUCCGAGUCAAUGCCUGCAAGUCGAGUCUUCCAUUCUCCCGCUUUGAAUCGUCGCCUCUUACUCUGCUACGAUGAGUAUUCGCUCAUUCGACCAUGCGCAAGCGGUAGGAACCUCACCAGGCCGUUCCGAUACGAUCGAUAUCGAGGCUCAUCCGCGAUCACCGAGUAAGGAGGAUUUUCCGAAGUUUGAAGACGGCCCGUCCCCAGAGACAUUUACGACAGCCACGAAAGUCAAUUCCGCAGAUACUGUCCGAAACCGCAUCCGUCGCUCCACUACGGCGCGCUCAUAUCAUCCUGAAGGCGUUGCUCCAGAUCCGAGCUGGCAACCCGGAAUUGAACCGGGAAUUGACACGACCAAACCGCUUCCUCCUUACAACUCCGACUGGACUCCGUCCAUACCGAGUCAUCUUCACAAACGAUGUGAAAUCAUUGUCGUGGAUUUUUCCCAACACGAGAUGCGACAAUAUGCGUUGGACAAUGACACACUUGAGCCGUUUCUGGCAAGGGAAAGAGAACCGUGGGUGCAGUGCAGAUGGAUCAAUGUCAACGGUCUCAGCUGGGACGUUAUUAGGACACUUGGAAACCAUAAAAAAAUUCACAGACUUGCGAUUGAAGACCUGAUCAACACAACGAAUCGUACGAAAGCGGACUGGUACUCGGAUCAUGCAUACGUUGUGCUUACCCUGCAGAAGCUGAUCAAGCUCCAGCAAGAUGACAGUGACUCUGAAGAUGAGGACGCUGACGAUCGAGCAACCUCUGGACUCCGAGAUCGAAAGAGCUCGGUGGUAAGUGAUAAAAGUUCUGUCUCUCUGAAGUGGCUCUCCAAGCGCGGUGUCAUUUUGGAAGCACUCAAAGAUUUGUUCAAAAUGUCUCCGAAAAAGAACAAGCACAGCAAGUUCAAUAACCCUGCUGGUGUUCGCCCAACGGGCAAGUCGUUCUCGAAACAAGCAUCUCAAUUAGGUACUAAUGCUAUCCGAGGGACUCCUGCUCGCAGCAUCCAGCGUUUCCGAGGUGGCCCAAAUGAAGACCGAAUCGAAUUCAUGGAGCGGCAUGCCGUAUUGGCGACCAAGGGCUUGUGCGCUACCUUGGAGCAAGUCUCAAUUUUCUUGCAUGCGGAUAAUACCGUGACGUCUUUCUUUGAGACUAGCGCGGAUGACAUCGAGGCUCCUAUCGUCAAACGUCUUAGUUCACCAGAGACAAUCCUACGUCAAUCCUGCGAUGCUAGCAUGCUCGUGCAGGCCAUUCUAGACGCAAUAAUCGAUCUGGCAAUACCAGCCACCAUGGCCUACCAGGAUGCGAUAGGUGACCUGGAACUGGAGGUCCUAACAGACCCAGACAUCGACCAAUCGAAGAGCCUUUACAUCCUCACAUCUGAGAUUGCAAUUCUCCGGAGUUUUAUGCAACCUAUAGUGACUGUAAUUAACGCUCUUCGGGAUCAUCGAUCGGAGCCUGUGAGCACUCCUGGUUUCGCUGUUUUCAAAUCGACGCCAUUCCAUUCAAAUUCAGCAUCUGAGCCACAUGCGGGAGCAAUGACUCCAAACCUCAAAAGUUUGGGAGGGUCUAGUGUUACAAUCAGUCCCAUGUGUCAUACAUAUCUGGGAGAUGCGCUUGAUCACUGCAUUACAAUUGUCGAGAGUUAUGAUCAAAUGAGACGGGCUGCGGAUAACAUGAUUGAUUUGAUCUUUAACACAAUUGGUGCCUUUCAAAACGAGAGCAUGAAACAGCUUACCCUCGUGACAUGCCUAUAUCUACCGUUGACAUUUCUUACGGGUUACUUUGGAAUGAACUUCGAUGACUUCAAGGGCAUUCAGCAUAGCGAUGGGUACGCUUACCUAGAUCAGCGUUAAUUUGACCCAUACUAACGUUGAAAAAACAAGUACUUCUGGAAGAUUGCAGUUCCGUUCGUCUGUGCAACCACUUUCCUUCUGAUGCGUGACAAAAUCCAGCGCUAUGUGGUGUUAAUCGCUCAGAGACGACUGAUUACCAGUUCGAGAAAGCAGCGAAGAGAAAGAAAGGUCAAAUGACGACUUUUGGGGAAUGUUGACCUAGGCAAGCACUUGAAUAGUUUCAUGAUGCCCAUCCAUGUAUCGUGUAUAGCAGUACUGUAUAAUAUUGAUACAAAUAGUACAUAAUCGUUAUCCAAAUCCAGUGGCUAUUU